AUGUAUUAUCAGUUUUAUGAUGGUGAAGAGGAAGUUGAGCCAAGAGUUGUACCGAAACCUAUAACCAAACAUGAUUGCUUUGUAGUGCCGACUGUGCCAGAAAUAUCUUUAAUCUUUGAAAAACCAACAGCAAGAAAUUCAAAGAAUAGGAGUAUUGAUACUACCGAUUCGUUGUCAGCGAUAUCAGUAAGACCUAUACAAAUCCCUGACAAUACUGUGAAAGUUAGCAACUCUAUUUCGUCAAUUUCACACAAUUCUGAUUCUUACGCCACGUGGAAGGAACAGAAUUAUUCUAGAGAGAUUAAUUCUACAAGUACAACGCAUAUUUCACCAUUAUACAAAAAUACUUGUAGCUAUGAUUAUGCUGUGCCAGGUACAGGUUUACAAAAUACUUCUAUACAAAAGUUACAAGAGCAAACAAAAAUUAAUGAUAAGCUACAAACAUUGCAAAAUACUAGUAAAAAUGAAAGAAUAUAUGAGAAAAGUGUAAAAUUUACAUGUUCUGAUAUAGGAGAUUCCUAUCGUCUCGAAAGUCAGACUGAUUUAUUAUCUUUGGAUAAGAGAGCCUUAUCUUCUGAUUCUUUACAAAGAGCACAAUUGAAUAUAGCUGAUCGUACUAUGAGAACAUCUAACAAUACUAUUCCAGAUACAUUGAAGAAACCUGAAUAUUUUCAGACUCCAUACACUGGAUGUCAACAAUUUCAUGUACCUAACUAUUCAAAUUACAAUAUAGACAAUAAUGAAACGGUAAAAACCUUAUUGCAGCUUGUAAAUAGUCAAAAUCAACAGAUAAAAAAUUUACAACUCCAGAUAGAUAAACUAGUAAGAAUGCAGGAAGAAAAUUUCAGGAACAAGCCGACAUGCUUAUGUUCACAACCUCUUGCAAAUCAAGUAUUUAGAUAUCCAAUAAAUUAUUACGACCCAACUCUUGCUUCUUCUCUUGUACAAUCUCAGAAUCAAAGUAUAAAGAAAAAUGUAGCCUCACAGAGUACAUCUGUUGUGGAGAGGCAAGAUCUAGAAAACUUUAGUGAAAAUAAUAAGCUAGAAACAACAUUGUUAGAACAGCAAUCAAAAAAGGCUUUUAUGGAACAAAAGGUUUCGAUCGGUGUUAUGACAAGUUUUGAGUUCACUGUACAAAAUAGCCCUUUUCCAACAGACUCUGAAAUAUGUGAGAAAACGGAAGCUCACAGAGAAAGUAACAGUAUUAAUAGUAGGGCAAAUACUGUAAAUACUGUAAAUAUACAUGAUACAACAGAGCCUGUUAAUAGAUAUAAGAAUACAUUUACACGUAAGCCUGGACCAGCAGCGCAAUUGGAGAACAUAGUCGAGGAUUCUGAAAGUUAUUUAUCCUCUAGCCAACAGCAAAGUAGUAAUUUCAACGCAAGUUCUUCCAUGAAGGAAUCCUCGAAAUUGCGUCAACAUCUUUCUACUGAUUUAAAUCAAGAGGAAACACAUAAAGGAGCAUAUAUAGGGAAAGAUAGUAAUGUAUAUGAACGAGCGUCAAAUGCAAGGAAGUUGUCAAAUACAUCUAUGAACGUAGAUUGUAUUGGAAGUGCAAAUUGUAGUGAAGCGCUUGUUGUCAAGCCAACAAACGAUUUUGUUACGAUAGAUAGGAAAAAGUGUACCUACAAGACAAAUAUUAAUCAACAUUCCUUGCAUAAUGUCCAUUUACCAGCAACAGAUUACUAUCACAACCAUAGAAAUAAAGAACACGUGCGCAGUGCUAAUGUCAGACAAAUUAAAGAUAUAGGUGAUGAUAGCAUGAUUCUAAGUGGAGGUGAUCUUAAAAUACUCGAAAGACCUCCACCAACACCAGAACCAAGUAUUCACGUUGAGAUGCAGGAGUAUGUAAGUGACGAUGAAAGUGACAAGUUAAGGCAUACUUCGAAAAUAGGUUGGACUUUUUACAACAAUGUUUUGGGGCAAGUUAAUGAAAUUUUGCAAAAUUCUGGUGUUAUAAGCGAUGAAGAUCUGAAUCACGCUAAAACACCAUGUAAUGUUGAACAAGAAAAUGAUAGAGAAACUAGAUCGGCAACGAACACUGUUAAAGCAGCCACUUUGGAACAACUUCGGAGACUUGGGAUCAGUCUAACUGAAAAUAAUGAGCACAGAGAGUCCAAUGGUAACAAAACGUUAGACUUUGAUUCAUCUUUUUAUCCCCGUUUGGAUCAUCAGGCAAAUAUGACGCAUACCACUAGUGCUGUAAACGAAACAAAUACAAGUAUGCAUAUGAAGGCGCUGGCAUUAAAAUAUUUAAGUAACGAGCAACUGACAGAUAUAGCGUGGCAUAAACAAGAAUCAUCUUCAUUGAAGCACCUCAUGCUCAGCAAUAUGCAAGGAACAAAUAUGUCGUUAGCCACAAUGCGUUAUUUAGAAAGAUAUCAACUUCUCCCAGGAAAGAAUAAUGUGCAAGCAGAGAAUACUAAUCAAGCAUGUGACAGAGUCUCAUCUAAAUAUGAUUUUAAACCGGCGGUUACAAAUAAUAAUCCUGCCCUACGUCGAUUCCCUUUUGUACAAACAUCUGGAACCACUUGUCCUAGUAGAAUAUUAGAUCUUUCAGCUUUAAAGCGACAACCAAAAUUAUUAUAAAUUCUAAAAGUUAUAUA